UUUUGCGGCAAGCAAAAUUAAAACGCGUUUAUUUACAUUUUAAGCAAAUAAACGUUUAUAUUGACUGAAUAAUGGAAGAUGUACAAAAGCACAGCGUACACACGCUAAUAUUUCGCUCGCUCAAGCGCACACACGAUCUCUUUGUAUCUAACCAGGCUAAUUUACCGGAAAUCGACGAGAGGCUCGAAAGACAGCGACGAUCGAUUAAAGCAAAAGACAGCUAUGGUCUAGUGUUGGAUCGUGCCAUCAAAGCUGCAGAAGCCAAGCGGAUGGCAAUGCUACAUGGCGACGGCAACAAGAUGUUGGCCAUAACGGAUGGCAGCAAUCCUUCAGAUCUAAUUGAGAUGGAUGGAAAUGACAGCAGUCUGAUAAGAUUCCAGGAGAAAAACAAGUCUGGAUUGAACAUCAACAACAACACAUCUUUGGUGCGUGCAUCUUUGCCUAAUAAUGGCGCUAAUGGAACUGGCGCCAGCAAUGUGCAGUUAAUACCAAAGAAGGCGCCAAGCAUACCCAAGCCCAAGUGGCAUGCACCCUGGAAGUUAUCGCGCGUUAUCUCUGGCCAUUUGGGCUGGGUGCGCUGCAUAGCCGUGGAGCCGGGCAACGAAUGGUUCGCUACAGGCGCCGGCGAUCGAGUCAUAAAAAUCUGGGACUUAGCCAGCGGCAAGCUGAAGCUCUCGCUUACCGGACACGUAAGCACAGUGCGUGGCGUUGCUGUCAGCUCCAAGCAUCCAUAUUUGUUUAGCUGCGGUGAGGAUCGCCAAGUCAAAUGCUGGGAUCUGGAGUACAACAAAGUGAUUCGUCACUAUCAUGGGCAUUUAUCUGCAGUAUACUCGCUGGCGCUCCAUCCCACCAUUGAUGUGCUUGCCACUUCGGGCCGCGAUUCCACAGCGCGCAUCUGGGAUAUGCGCACCAAGGCCAAUGUGCAUACAUUGACGGGACACACGAACACAGUGGCCAGCGUGGUGGCUCAAGCAACAAAUCCUCAAAUUAUUACCGGCUCACAUGACUCCACAGUGCGUCUGUGGGAUUUGGCUGCCGGCAAGAGCGUCUGCACAUUGACCAACCAUAAGAAAUCUGUGCGCAGCGUUGUGCUGCAUCCAUCCUUGUACAUGUUUGCCUCCGCUUCGCCGGACAACAUUAAGCAGUGGCGCUGUCCCGAGGGCAACUUUGUGCAGAAUAUCUCUGGGCAUUCGGCAAUUGUCAAUUGCAUGGCAGCGAAUACGGAUGGAGUGCUGGUUUCCGGCGGCGACAACGGCACCAUGUUCUUCUGGGACUGGCGCACCGGCUAUAACUUCCAGCGUUUCCAAGCGCCCGUCCAGCCUGGUUCCAUGGACAGCGAGGCAGGCAUCUUUGCCAUGUGCUUCGAUCAGUCCGGGACACGUCUCAUAACCGCCGAGGCGGACAAAACCAUUAAGGUGUAUAAGGAGGAUGAUGAGGCUAGCGAGGAUUCACAUCCGAUUAAUUGGCGGCCCGAGCUGCUCAAGCGUCGUAAAUUUUAAGCAUUAGAUAUAGUUCUGAAAUAUGUAUGUAAAAAUUAAAUGCAUUUUUAUAAA